GUGCACUGGGACUGUGGUCCAGACUCCAGACCUCACCCUCAAGUCUGUCAUUAUAAUCACUUAGCAGCCACAAAGACCUCCAGCCCUUCACAGCCUCUGUGCACAGUUCUAGUGAGACUUAACACUUUCCACCACUCUAAGAUGGAGCUUUUGGGUGCCCGACUGCCCUUCACCCAGUUUCAGGAGGAAAAGUACCAGAUGCUGGAGCUGAACCAGCGUCUCGAAUCGUACUUAGGCCGUGUGAAGCUUCUGGAGGAGGAAAACAAGCUACUGCGAGAGGAGAUCCACACUCUCAAGAGCAGCAGGGAACCACCAGGCCAGCGCAAAGCUCAAGAGGAGGCUCUCAGCCAGGCCAGGAGGAUGUUGGAUGAGGCCUGGAGGAAGAAAGACCAUGUGGAACUGGAAGUGGAGAACAUGAUGGAGGAUAUAGAGGUGAUGAGUAUUCAAAGACAGAAGGCGAAGAAUGCUCAGGCUGAGGCACAGAGAAAACUCAUGGAGAGCAGGAAGGAGCUGGAAGAGGAGUGUAGAGCUCAGAUUUGGCUUAGAGGGAAGGUUGGCCAACUUGAGAAAGACCUCUUGCUACAGAUGCAAGUCCACCAGGAGAACAUGGAAACCAUGCAGGCCUCUCUGAAACAGACAAAACAAGUCUUGAUGGCCCCACAGCCCACUCAAACUGCCAGCAUCCCAGACCUGGGACAAGAGUACAGCCACAGAGCAACUCAAGCCUGGCAGGAGGCAACCAACAACUAUCAGAGAAUGGUUGGAGGUCUUGAGGAAAGUCUGGACCAGGCCAAAGCUAGCAUGGCAAAGAUUCAUCAAGAAAAGAGAGAAAACCAGCAUCAAGUUCAGCAUCUGGCAAAGGAGCGGGAGAGCACUAAGACUAAGAGGCAGAUGUUGGAGAAAAAUUUAGUUCAGCAGAAAGAAGAGCAUAAACAGGAGCUUCAACAUUUUCAGGCCCAAGUAGAUGCUCUGGAGUUGGAGAAAGACAGCCUGGGGCAGCAGAUAGACAGCCUUAUGGGGGACAGACAAAACUUGCUGCAGGUCAAGAUGUCUCUUGGACUGGAGGUGGCCACAUACAGAGCUUUGCUGGACAGCGAGGGCCUGAGUAUUGACAGACCAACAACAAAAAAGACCAGCUCUGCUUUCUUUUUAGAUGUGCUCUCAAAGCCCACUGGGACCCACCCAGCCUCACAGACCACUGCUGCUUCCUGCCAUGUCAGCAAUACUGUGUCUACAAGUCACAGAUCAAUCACCUCCUCUCGCACUCUGCUGACUAGUGUGACUCCAUCAUGGACCCCGACUCGAGGGACUCCACAAAGAACACCAACCAGAGCCUCGGUGACAGAAAAGACAGAGGUUCAUAUCUCAGAGGAGACUGAGAAAGCUGCUGAGAAGUCUGUGGAUCAUUUGCAGCAAGAGAAAGCCCGUGAAGACCUGGCCCUUGCAACAACUCUCCCCAAAACAGCUGUAGAACCAAAACCACUGCUCAAACCAGAAGAUAUUGAGAUUCAAGAGGACGACGAAUCAAAACAGUUCCAGAAAGAUCAGAUGGUUGAAUCUGAAACUGCUGCAUCGGCAUUGAUAAGUGUGUCAGCUGACCAACCAAGUAACUUGUCCCAAACUCCAGAGACAGAAAGCUGGGCUGAUCCAUUCACAGAUCCUGCAGGGGUUUCAGAAGAAGGGAAGGACGAGGACACUGAAGUGUCUGUUGAAAUGGCUCGGAUCUCACACGCACCUGAGGUUGCUUGGGAAGAAAAUAAAACCGUAGCAGAGGACGAAAAAGAUGAUGCCUCUGAGAUGGAUGUAAGAUCAGAGAACAUCAGUGAAAGCCACACAGAUGCAUAUGGAGAUGCAGAUAAUGAUAAUGAUACAUUAAAAUCUAGCCAUAUCAGUGCGAACACCAGCAUACUGGGUUCAUCGUUCCUCGAGCAAGGAACUUUAGAUUUGGUGGGUGAUUUUGGCUAUCAUGAAGAUUUAAUGAAGGUAGAUGAACAGGACAAUGUGAGCAAUAUUAGUGAGGAGGUAACAGAGCAAAUGGACAGUGAAACUGAGGCAGCGAUUGAUUCAAUCAAUGAGUGGGACAGACAGGAAGAAAUUGAACCCGAUAAUGAGAAAACAGUGUUGAGCCCUGACUCUGAGGUGGAAGAAGAGGAUGAAAGGAACAUUGACGCUAACAUGAAGGAUAAAACAGAUGAAAAUGUGACUGAAAGAGAAGAAGAAGAGAUAGAAGUGAUUAAGAGUGACAUUUCUGUGCAGGAUGAAGGUGUAGAUCAUCAGGAGAGUUUAGAGAAGACUGUACCGCCAACUGAACCCCAUUCAGAUCAGACAGUAAAUGAGGAAGAUCCUUUACCUGAGGAAUCUGAGGAAGAAGAAGAGAACCAAGGUGAAGACGAUGAUUCCCCAAACAUAUCAGCCUCAUGGAAAACCGAUCCUGGCGAGUGUGACAGCUACAGUCAGGAGAACACGCUAGCAGACACUCGGCCCUUGAUUUGUUAUAAGAGUGACGAGGAAACAGACAGGAACGUGCAAGCCUCGCACCUCAUCGGUGAGACCAGUGACAGUGAGGAUGAGAAAGAAAGAAUGGAAGAAGGCCACUGGAAUGAGAGUGCCUCCAAAUGCUUCAACACCAUGGAGGAUCUCACAGAAGAUCCAGACAUGGAGGUCACUGGAGAGAUGAUGACGGAAGAUGUUGUUUCUAAAGAAGAAGCACUAGAUGGCUCUGAAGUCCAUGAAAGUUUGGACAUGGUGGAGAAAGAAAGUGCAAGAAUUGAGCUCAAGGGAGACCUGGAAGACAAUAGUGAUGUUAUGACUGAGAUGAGGAAAGAUGAAGGUCAUGAUGUCAAGGUUUAUGAGCAAAACGAACAACCACAACUGACUGAAAACCAGCAUAUACACACCGAACAACCUGAGGAUGAAACAGUCCAUUCAUAUGAAAGUCAAGAACAAGUUGAUAUGGACCAUCCAAUCUCAUUCCCUGAAACAUCCCAGCAGUUUAAAAGCUCCUUUGAAACUCAAUCAACUCUGACUAUGUUCCAAGAUACAGCUGCAACCAAAGAACCAGAAGAUCUUCUGGAAGUUUCCAUGCACACCAACAUGGAUCUCACAGACAGUCACUCUUUGGAGAGUGAAAUGAACAGUCAACCAGACAACAUGACAUCAGACAUUCCCAACUCAGACCAGGAAGAGGGCAAUAGCUCAGAAGAUGAGUCUCCAAAUGCUAGCCAGUGCUUUCAGAACACAAGCCUUUUAGCAGCAGCUACUCUUAAUGAGCAGCCAUUAACCUUUACUAAUGGAGUCACCAAGGCUGAUUCUGUGUCUGACGUCAUCAAUUUGCCUGAAGAAGUGCUCAGUAAGGAGAAGAACACUGAAGAACCUAAAGCCCCUCAGAUUGAUGACUGGGAGAAUUCUAACAUCUGGGGCAAAAGCACAAAUGCUCCAGACGCAGCUGAGAUCACACACACAUCAAGUAUGGAUGAAAACGCAGGCGUUUUCCCAUUAAAUGAGACUGAGAAUUUAGAAAUUCCAAAUAAAAUGCCAAGUUUAGCGGAAAACAUCUUUGAAAAAUGUGAAGAACAUCUUGAAAGGACAGUGGAGAGCUUCUCAGAAAAAGUGCUAACUGUGAUGGAUUUCGAGAGAAACAAUUCAGGAGAGGAGGAGGAAUUUCACUCAAAGGAAAAGAAAGGUGAGAUUCAUAGCUUUUUCAGCACAAGCAUGAAGGAAGAUUUCUGGAGUGAGGGAAAAACGGAGAUGGCAGCUACUUAUGACCCUGCCAAGACUGAAGACUUAAACCAGGCUAUGGUCUUUGGAGAUGAGUGGAGAGAUAUGGAGAGAAUGUCAACAGCAAAUGGAAGUCCUAAAGAAAAGAUGGACUUCCUCAAAGGCCAGGAUGAGAGGCAUAAAGAUGAACAGCCAACACAAGGCAAGAUGGUCCUAUCUGAUGACUCUGUUGAUGAGGGGGAUUCCUGGUCCUCUGGCGAUGAGUAACAGCUUUGUCCGAUGAUGUUUUAGACCAUUUAAUACUAAACCAAAAACAUAAAAAUGUAGUGAUGUCAUUUAAAUAGAUGAAUUACUGAGCCAAAAUGAAAAUUCAUGGUGGAAGACAGCAACAAAAACACCUUCAUACAUUCACAGAAAUUAAACUAGACAAGAUUGCUCAGCGCAGUGUGUGUAAUUGUACAAUGUGAUCUCUGUAAUGUGAGUUAACAGCCUGGCAUAAUGUGCCAGCUGUCGUCUCGGGAUAAGAAAGUGUUGUACUCCAUGACAGCCACGGGCAGAAAGGAUUCUUAAAAGAUUUACUAUGAAGCUUUACUUGUUUCUGUACUAAUUAGAUCAGAUUUUCAAUGACCUUCAUCUUUCAGUGUUAAAAAUAAAAUACUUUUGUGUAUUUG